CCCAUGAGUAAGAGCAAGUACUCCGUAGGACCCAUGUCCUCUGUGGUGGUCCCGGCAAAGGAGACCAACUCCACAGGCCCCAGAGAGGUGGAGCUCAUCCUGGUCAAGGAGCAGAACGGGGUGCAGCUCACCAACUCCACCCUCAUCAACCCACCCUCCCCUCCCGGGGAGGCCCAGGAGCGGGAGACCUGGAGCAAGAAAAUCGACUUUCUGCUCUCUGUUAUUGGCUUUGCUGUGGACCUGGCUAAUGUCUGGCGGUUUCCAUACCUGUGCUACAAAAAUGGCGGAGGUGCCUUCCUGGUGCCCUACCUGCUCUUCAUGAUCAUUGCUGGAACUCCACUCUUCUACAUGGAGCUGGCCCUCGGGCAGUUCAACAGAGAAGGGGCUGCAGGUGUCUGGAAAAUCUGCCCCGUCCUGAAAGGCGUGGGCUUCACGGUCAUCCUCAUCUCCUUCUACGUGGGCUUCUUCUACAACGUCAUCAUCGCCUGGGCCCUGCACUACUUCUUCUCCUCCUUCACCGUGGACCUCCCCUGGAUCCGCUGCAACAACACCUGGAACAGCCCCAACUGCUCCGAAGCCCAGGCCGGCAACGCCAGCGACGGCCCCGCGGCCGGCGACACCUUCCGCACCACGCCGGCCGCCGAGUACUUCGAGCGCGAGGUGCUGCACCUCCACCAGAGCCACGGCAUCGACGACCUGGGUCUCCCGCGGUGGCAGCUCACGGCCUGCCUGGUGCUGGUGAUUGUCCUGCUCUACUUCAGCCUGUGGAAGGGGGUGAAGACCUCCGGAAAGGUCGUGUGGAUCACAGCCACCAUGCCCUACAUGGUCCUCACUGCCCUGCUCCUGCGCGGCGUCACCCUUCCUGGAGCCAUUGAGGGCAUCAAGGCGUACCUGAGCGUGGACUUUCGCCGGCUCUGUGAGGCCUCUGUGUGGAUAGACGCUGCCACCCAGGUCUGCUUCUCCCUGGGCGUCGGGUUCGGAGUGCUGAUUGCCUUCUCCAGCUACAACAAGUUCACCAACAAUUGCUAUAGGGAUGCCAUCAUCACUACUGCCAUCAACUCUCUGACGAGCUUCUCCUCUGGCUUUGUGGUCUUCUCCUUCCUGGGGUACAUGGCCCAGAAGCACAAUGUGCCCAUCAGGGACGUGGCCACAGAUGGGCCCGGCCUGAUCUUCAUCAUCUACCCCGAGGCCAUCGCCACGCUCCCGCUCUCCUCCGCCUGGGCCGUGGUCUUCUUCAUCAUGCUGCUCACGCUGGGCAUUGACAGCGCUAUGGGCGGCAUGGAGUCGGUGAUCACCGGGCUCAUUGAUGAGUUCCAGCUGCUGCACCGACACCGGGAGGUCUUCACACUCGGCAUCGUCCUGGCUACCUUCCUGCUGUCCCUCCUCUGUGUCACCAACGGGGGCAUCUACGUCUUCACGCUGCUGGACCACUUUGCCGCUGGCACGUCCAUCCUCUUCGGUGUCCUCAUCGAGGCCAUUGGGGUGGCCUGGUUCUACGGUGUGCAGCAGUUCAGUGAGGACAUCAAGCAGAUGACCGGGCAGAGGCCCAACCUGUAUUGGAGGCUGUGCUGGAAGCUGGUCAGCCCCUGCUUCCUCCUGUUCGUAGUCGUGGUCAGCAUUGUGACUUUCAGACCGCCCCACUAUGGAGCCUACGUCUUCCCAGACUGGGCCAACGUGCUGGGCUGGGCCAUUGCCACCUCCUCCAUGGCCAUGGUGCCCAUCUACGCCACCUACAAGCUCUGCAGCCUGCCGGGUUCCUUCCGAGAGAAACUGGCCUACGCCAUCACACCCGAGAAGGACCGCCAGCUUGUGGACAGAGGGGAGGUGCGCCAGUUCACACUUCGCCACUGGCUCCUGGUGUAGACCCAAGGGAG